AUGGAUUCUACUACUCUCGUUACUUUUCUCUACAAAUCAAGACCGGAUGUUCGCACAGUAGAACUUUUCGGUUCAUGGGACAACUUCUCAAGGCCGUACCGCAUGCAAAGCGAUGGACACAGAGGUCGUGGUGUCUGGACUGGAUGCCACUCAUUCGAGAACAUCAUCUGCGAUGGUGAUCGCAUCAACCAGCUAAGGCCGAGAAACGGUGCCUUGAAGCAGGGUGGAACCUACUGGUACUAUUACAAACUGGACGAUGCCGAAGAAGCCUGCGACUCAACUGUCUUGACUACAUGCGCAUGCCCACUACUCCCCGGUCAGAUGGUCAAUGUACUGGAAGUCCCUAUCGAAGUCAUCGAAGCACCUCAACGAGUCUGCAGCGCCUCAGCCGACAUGCCAACUACCUUGGAAAUCCCCAUGACCAUCAAUCCCGAAGACAGAUACAAGAAGAUCUACAGCAAGCCGCCUACCAAACUCCCUCGCUACUACUGCUCUAGUGACGCAUUGCGGGAAAGAUUUGCAGCGGAUGCAACCAUGUCGAGAGAUCUUAGAUUUAGGGAAAGACCUUCUUCUCGCGGUGUUAGAUCUAUCAAGCGCGUUCGCCGUGAGGAACCCGAGUAUCAAAGACCUGGUGCAUGUCAAAUUGAUGCUUCUUGGGAUGACAUCGAAACGCUUGCCAACAUACCCGACUUCGACCAAACCAUGAACGACCUACCAGAGCUCAGGCCCUUUGCUCCUUGCCCUAGUGCUUCGCCUGAAGAGAGACCGGUCACCCGAAGCGGAGGACUUUUCACUGAUUUCACCAAAGGCUUGGGCUUCUCCUUCUUUGGCUCGCUCAGACAACCGAAGAAGAACACACACCGGCUUAGCCAGGAAAUCGCAAUCGAGGUUGAUGAAGCACCAUCACAAACACCUCAAUACGACGGCGCCUACGACGAACCUCAAUCCACACAAUGGCCUCUCAGCCCUCCAUUGUCUGAACUCGCAGAUGAGGAGAACUGGCCCUUGCCACCUCUGAACUGCUUCCGACCUUCUUCUUCCCACACACCACUUCAUGGCCCAUCAACGCCGACCUCUGCAAUUCCGAUUCUGAAUCUCAACAGCCAGCCCCGAACCAACACAUACCACCAGCCUCUCACAUCACCAGCACUUUCUUCUUCGGCCACAUCAGACGACUUCCACCCAGGUUUCGGACCCAGCAAAAGCAUACCCGGCAGUUUCGACAUGGCCUCUCCAACCUUUACAGCCGACACCCUCGACUCGUCAUUCUCCUCCAACCUCACAACACCCGACCGCCUGAGCUUCCGCCUCGACGACUCCAGCCACCACCACUCACAAUCCUCCAACAUUGACACCACAAACUUCCACACCGGUCUCGAAGACUUGAGCCACCGCACGCCGCAGUAG